GAGGCGAGGCCACAGUUACGUAUUGCCUGUGGCGUGGCUGAACCCCUGCCGCCUUUUUAGUGGCUCCGGAAACACCCAAGGUAAAGACACGUUCGCCUCAGCUCCAAUCCAACCUUGAACUUCACGGAGAGGCUCGACCAUCGCCAGUUCGCCAUCGCGAGGCUCUUCUUUUUCCUUUCCUGCUCUUCCAUUCCAUUCUAUUCUCUCCUUUAUCCCCUUUCCUUUUCCUUCUCCUUUGAUUCUCGCCCCGAACCAUUGCAGAGGCAGUCUUUUCCCCAUUCCUCCCUCUAGAGCCAUGGCUCGAAGUCCAACGCCGCAGGGCAGCCUGCGACAGCGGAAUGUUGCGUCCAAGCAGCCGCCUGCCGAGUCGGCGUUCGUCCCCGAGGUCGAGCUCGACAAGCUCUCCAAGGCGGCUCUGUCGUCGCGCCAGAACAUCCAGAGAGGCGAGCUCGAGCACAAGCUUGCCCUGACGCUGGUGACGAUCCUCGGCUUCGUCACUCGAUUCUGGGGCAUCAGCCACCCCGACGAGGUUGUCUUUGACGAGGUGCACUUCGGAAAGUUUGCCUCCUACUACCUCCAGCGAACGUACUUCUUCGAUGUCCACCCCCCUUUCGCCAAGCUGCUCUUCGCCUUCGUUGGCUGGCUGGUUGGAUACGACGGCCACUUCCACUUCGACAACAUUGGCGAUUCCUACGUGGCCAACAAGGUGCCCUACGUCGCGUUCCGAGCCUUGCCCGCCUUCCUUGGCGCAUUGACUGUGUCGGUCACAUACCUGAUCAUGUGGGAGUCUGGCUAUAGUGUGCCUGCUUGCCUUGUCGCGACCGGCCUGAUCCUCUUGGACAAUGCGCACAUUGGCCAGACACGCCUCAUCCUGCUCGACGCUACCCUGGUGCUCGCCAUGGCCUGCAGUCUCUUGUUCUACAUCAAGUUCUACAAGCUGCGGCACGAGCCCUUUAGCCGGAAGUGGUGGAAGUGGCUCAUCCUGACUGGCUUUGCGCUGUCUUGCGACAUCUCGACCAAGUACGUCGGUCUCUUUGCCUUUGUCACCAUUGGCUCUGCCGUCGUCAUCGAUCUGUGGGAUCUUUUGGAUAUCAAGCGUCGCUAUGGAGCCAUCAGCAUGCCGCAGUUUGGAAAGCACUUUGCAGCCCGCGCCGUCGGUCUCAUCGUCCUGCCCUUCCUCUUCUACCUCUUCUGGUUCCAGGUGCACUUUGCCGUCCUGACCCGAUCCGGUCCCGGCGACGACUUCAUGACUCCCGAGUUCCAGGAGACCCUGAGCGACAACGUCAUGCUGGCAAGCGCCGUCGACAUCCAGUACUACGACACCAUCACCAUCAGGCACAAGGAGACCAAGGCGUACCUUCACAGCCACCCCGACACCUACCCUCUGCGAUAUGACGACGGCCGCAUCUCCAGUCAAGGCCAGCAGGUCACCGGCUACCCCCACAACGAUACGAACAACUACUGGCAGAUUCUCCCUGCCGAUAAUGACCAGAAGCUCGGCCGUAACGUUAAGAACCAGGACUUGGUUCGACUUCGACACAUUGUCACGGACAAGAUCCUGCUCUCUCACGAUGUCGCCUCGCCCUACUACCCUACCAACCAGGAGUUCACCUGUGUGAGCCCCGAAGAAGCAUUCGGCGAUCGCCAAAACGACACUCUGUUCGAGAUCCGGAUCGAGGGAGGCAAGACCGGCCAGGACUUCAAGACCGUUGCCAGCCACUUCAAGCUCAUUCAUUUCCCCAGCAAGGUGGCCAUGUGGACUCACACCACCCCUCUUCCUGAGUGGGCCUACAGGCAGCAGGAGAUCAACGGCAACAAGCAGAUCACGCCCAGCUCCAACGUUUGGAUUGCCGAGGAUAUCCCUUCGCUCCCUGAAGACGACGCUCGCCGCCACAAGGAGCAGCGCAAGGUCAAGUCGCUGCCGUUCCUCCGCAAGUGGUUUGAGCUGCAGAGGUCCAUGUUCUACCACAACAACAAGCUGACCAGCAGCCACCCCUACGCCAGCCAGCCCUACCACUGGCCAUUCCUUCUCCGCGGAGUGAGCUUCUGGACGCAGAAUGACACGCGCCAGCAAAUCUACUUUGUGGGCAACCCCAUUGGCUGGUGGCUCGCCAGCAGUCUGUUGGCUGUCUUUGCCGGCAUCAUCGGAGCUGAUCAAGUCUCGCUGCGCCGAGGCAUCGAUGCCCUGGAUCAUCGCACCCGUUCCCGGCUGUACAACUCUACCGGCUUCUUCUUCCUUGCUUGGGCCACGCACUACUUCCCAUUCUUCCUCAUGGGCCGUCAGCUCUUCCUGCACCACUACUUACCUGCCCAUCUGGCGUCCUGCUUGGUCACGGGCUCCCUCGUCGAGUUCAUCUUCAACACGGACCCGGCGGACGAGGAGCCUUCUCGAUCCAAAAACCCCAAAGCUACCGGUCCUCAGAGACACAUCACAGCUCGUGAGCGAUUCGCUGGCAAGAGUAUGGCUGGCGCCUGGAUCGCUUGCUUCGUGAUUCUUGCUGCCGCCGCGGCGAGCUGGUACUUCUUCCUGCCUUUGACAUAUGGCUACCCCGGACUGUCUGUUGAGGAGGUUCUCAGGAGAAAGUGGCUUGGAUAUGAUCUUCACUUUGCCAAGUAGACGAUGACAGCUCCCGAAAGGGUGGCCAUGAUGCUGAAGAAGGGGCCGAUGCAGGGUGGGAGGUGGCAGACUCGUGCCCACUGAUGAUGGCCGAUGAAAUGUGUUGCCAACUGUUCGACAGAUCAAGGGGCUUGUUGAUCGAGGAGAUUUGCUUGCAUGUGUACAAUAAAAGGGGAGGUCAGGAGGAGCAUAUGGAGUUGGUAAAAUAUGAAACCUAGGCGCG